AUGGCUGCAACGACUGAGACAUUCUUCUCCACUCUGCAGAGCAAUCCACAUGCCUUCUUGCAACCGACUUUACCCCUCUAUACGGACUCCAUCGCAUAUCUCAAGAACAUCCUCGAUCCUCUCGCGAAAGAUGUUAGCGAAGAGCAGCAGCAGCGACUGAAGGAGGCGCGGAGGAAGCGCAAGCGGGGACAAGAUCACGAUGAAGAGGAUGUGCUGCGGUUGAAGCAGAUUCACACCGAUGGCUUUGGUGUGGAACAAGUUUGGGAACAAGCGAGGCGAGUGAUCGAUGCUGCGACACUUGAGGCGGAAAAGGCGUAUGAAGCAACUGCGGCGCAUGCCCGAGGACAGGGAAAGCCUGCGACAAAUGGGAAGUCGGUAAAGCUCGCGGACGAGGAGGAAGAGUCAGAGGAGGAUCUUGGCGAGGAAGGUGUGGAUUACGAAGUCGAGGGGAUUGACGAUGGCGAGGAGGAAUGGGAUGAUGAUGAGGACGAGGACGAGGAAGACGAGGAGAAUGCGGAUCAGGUGUUGUCGGAUGACGAAGAGGACAUUGAUAUGGAUGGCCACGACGACUUCGACGACAUUGAAGAAGACGAGGAAGAGCGUGAUGAGCCUGUCGCGGAACUGGUCCAAGACAAGUUUGGCCUCAACGAUGGCUUCUUCUCCAUCGACGACUUCAACAAGCAGUCAGAGUUCCUCGAACAGCAGGAUGCAAGAGGUGACGAUGAUGGCGCGGCAAGUGACGAGGAAGACGUCGACUGGGAUGCAGACCCUCUAGGACAAGGCGCAGUAGUAGAUGGAAAUGCCGAUGCUGGUGCUGACGAAGUCGAUGGCGACGACGAAGAGGACGGGCCUACAUUUGGCGACCCUGAUGCGCCUAGCGAAGACGAGGAAGAAGAGGUUGAUGGCGGCGAGAUGGACGGCUUGGGUGAUAUGGCCAACACAAACGACGUGAUGUACGCCGACUUCUUCGCACCUCCAGCGCAGAAGAAGAAAAAGAACAAGAAAGGCAGACCGAACCCUCACAACUUCCCGGAAGCCUCGACGAAUGGAAAACGGGAUGACGAGCCGGAUAUGCAACGAACGAUGGAAGCUGUGCAUCGCGAUCUCUUUGAUGAAUCAGAAGAGGAGGAAGAUGAGGAGAAUAAGGAAGACCUUGACCCAGCGGACCCUCGCUCGCGGCGCUCAGCCCAUGAACGCCGAAAGGCUGAAAUCGCUGCAGAGAUCCGCAAGCUAGAAGCUGCGAACGUUGCGAAGCGAGAAUGGCAGCUUUCUGGAGAGGCUCGCGCUGCAGACCGCCCUGUCAACUCCCUCCUUGAAGAGGAUCUUGAUUUCGAGCGAGCUGGAAAGCCUGUACCAGUAAUCACUGCCGAAGUCAGCGAAUCACUCGAAGAGCUCAUCAAGCGCCGCAUUCUCGACCACGACUUUCAAGACAUCAUCCGUCGACGACCAGAUGACUUGGCGACAGGUAAUGGACGAAGAGGGAAGCUAGACUUUGAGCUCGAUGAUACCAAGAGCAAAAAAGGUCUUGCCGAGGAGUAUGAAGAGGAGCAUCUCAAACGUACGGAUCCGAACUAUGUCGACGUCAAGGACGAGAAGCUUGCCCAGGAGCAGAAAGAGAUUGAGAAGCUGUGGCGAGAAGUCAGUGGACAGCUCGACAGUCUAUCGUCAUGGCACUUCCGACCCAAAGCUCCCGCUCCACAACUCGACAUCCGCGUCGACGCACCCGUCGUCACGAUGGAAGAUGCCCGUCCGAAUGCCGGAGGUGAAGUCGCCGGCGCCAGUCAACUUGCACCUCAAGAAAUCUACAAAGGCGGCGAGGCGUCCGCAGCGAACAAGCGUGAGGAAGUCGCAGGUAAGAGUGGCCUACCCUCGGCGAGGGAGGAGAUGUCGAGAGAUGAGAAGAAGCGACGCAGGCGCAGGGAGAAGGAGAGGAUCCGCAAGGCGUCGGGUAAUACUGACGGCAAGAAUGUGGAGAGCCGCGCGGCCAAGGAGAAGAAGGCUAUGUUGGGUGAUUUGAAGAAGGGUGGCGUGAAGGUCAUUGGGAAGAAGGGUGAUGUGAGGGAUGUUGAGGGGAAGGAGGUUAGGAGUGGUGAUGGGAGUGGUGGGCAGGGAGCUGCGAGGUUCAAGUUGUGA